GAUCUUCUCUCCCCCUGCUCUCUUGAAUCGGAGCGCUCUGUGCCAUCAUUUGAAUCUCUUCACAAAAAAAUCAGACUUGGAGACACUUCGAGUCUUAAAUUCAUCUCGCAUGCCUUAGUUUUCAUUUGUCUUUUUUGAUUUAAAAUUAAAGGUUAAUAAGAAGAACUUUAAGUCCAAGAUGUCUGCGUUCUGGGAUAUGAAUUACGCUGUGUCUACAAGUCCUCCAAAGACACCACCUCCUCUACACUUUGCCAGGUCUGAAUUUAGCUACAGCAGCAGUAUGAGUUUCUAUGAUCUUUUACACUGUAGUUCACCCAUGCAAGAUGGACAUGACAACCUAGAAUGGACAUCAAGUGAUCAAGUGGAAUUCACAAGAUUAAAUCCCUCCAGAACAAGAGACAGUACAGGAGAAUGGCAUAUGAUAACAGCCACACGUUCACUGCUUGGCAGCGAACAAGAAUGCCAUAGGGAAGAUUCACAAGCACGAUGGUCAUACCACAGCUUGCCAAGACCAAAUAGAGACUCGAGUGCAUUUUCACCCUACGCCAAUGAUUUUUGGUCACCCAGGAACACUCAUGAACUGCACCCGCUGGUACAACCCGGUUUCUACAGUCCAAAAAUCCAACGCUCCAAACAUUGUGAUGAUGCACUGUCCACAAAAAAUGCAAUAAAAGGAUCUUCUACAAGCAACAUGAAAGAAUUUAAUAGUCACACAUUGCCUCUUCCAUGCUCAAGGACUGCUGUUCUCAAACAUGGCCCCUUGUGCUGCAAGCCGCAAAAGGUUAAAACAUCGGUGGUGCAAACGCCACCUUUGAUGAGAGCUGUGAUUUCUCAAACCUCAACAAACUCUGAUGAAUCCAGCGAGAAGCACUGCAGUCAGCGACAACUAAUAGAGGACCACGGUUCUACCAAUCUACAGGAGCCAAAUAUAAAACUUUAUAGAAAUGAUCAAUCUGUGUGGAGUUCCAGUCAUCCAUUAACCAAACAGGCUGCACAGAGCCAGGAUUUAUUCACUGAGAUUUUGUCUACCACAAAUCAUCUUUCUAUCAACACCCAUUUGUUUCCUGAGUGCCAGCAUGCAACAGACCAACUUGCAAGUUUGCCAAAGCUGAGUCAGGAGAGAUUUCGUCUGAGUGUUGACAGUGGCAUUAAAUCCUCUCAGAGUGACCCAGACCAAACCUCACCCAGCCAACCCCAAACCAGCUUGAUUCAGCCAGACAACAGUCAAAAACAAACUACAGAUUUUAGACAUCAUGAUGUCAGAAACAACUCCAAAAAUCAUGUGGAAAGUCAGGUAGAGAUGAAUUCAAAGAAUGUGUUUGGUCAGCCUCGAAUGAUUGCAUCACUGCGGGAAGUGUGUUCCCCACGACCUAUUCGCAAGAGCACAGUGCUAGAAGAUUUGAAAAAACUCAUUGUGAUGGAUGAGACAGAGGACGACCCUCAGGGUUAUUCAUCAUCUUUUCAACAAAAAGAGGCAGGGCUUUGUGCCAGUCCUUUGUUAUCCAGUCCUGUAAACCAAUCGUAUCUAGAGUCCCCAGAACUCACACCCACCCAUCUCUCCAUGCAAAACACAGAAUGCUGGGCAAUGCCUGAACAGACUGAAUGUGAGGUAUUGGAAGGAGACCAAGACCCUGAUCCCGAACCCAUGCCCCUACCAAACACAACCUGUCAACUUGACUGGGAUAGUCUGGUUGAAGCAGCCCAAGCCUAUGAGAUACAAAGGAUGGCAACCCUUCUGUCACAAAUGAGUCCUGCACCAAGCAGGCCAGGAACACCAUCGCAACACCAUCAUUCCAUUCCCUCAUACAAUGAAGAAGAUACAGAUGAUGUUUUUAUUGACUUUCCCGACCAACUCUCUCACCUGGAGGGAAUGCUUAGGAGAUUGAGCAGUGAUCUACUGAAGGAGAAGAGGGACAAGGUGGCCCUGCUGGCCGAGGUAUUGAAGCUUCGCAUUAGCAACCAGCAUCUGAGAGAGGAGUCCCUCUGUGCGGUUUCACAACUACACAAAAUUUACGAAAUUUUAAAAGCAACACCUGGAGGGGUCGAGUGAGCCGGAAGCAAAGACAUGCAAAUAUGCAGAGAGAACUUUUAAUAAAGAUUAAAUAAUACAAACCAGAACAUACAGUAGUUGACAACUAUUGAAAAACAGGUUACAGAUAUUUUAAUGCUUCUUAUUGUAUAAUUAGACUAGAUAAGGCUGUAAAAACAUAUAAAACAUUAUAAUAAAUAUAUAAAAUAAAUAAAUAAAUAAAUAUAAAAACAAGCUUAACCAUUUUCCUGUAUUAUCAGAUAUAAAAACGAAAAUGUUUUUUUAUCAAACAAUGUAACGUCACAUUGAAAACAUGGGGUUUGGAAGAUCUGUUGAAUGAUGAUAAACUGUAUUAAAAACACUAAAAAUAUAUAAAUAUGUUGUUUGAUGAUUACAGUCGAACUAUAAAAACAUAGUAAAAACACAAUAAAUUAUUUUAAUAAUUGUAGAAUGCAAUAUAU